AAGAGCUACGUAGUUUGCUGUUGAAUCUGAAAGUGGAUGGAAGAGAAAUUGUUGAGUGAUAACAAAUCUUAUAGUUAUUUUGUGGUUUUGAUCCAAGUGAUACUGUUCACCAACCUGCGCCUUAACAACCUACUUUGUGGGGCUGAUUGAAACCCGACUUCAACAUUGCGUGCUUCAACAGCGUUCAAUAUAGCUUUUUAUAUUUUGAUGAUCCAGCUUUGUCAGCAUAGUGUUUUGUAAGGGGUUACCUGAAUCAUUGGAAGAUAUUAUGCCUUUUUCGAUUAUAACGACGCAUGGCCCAAAAGGCUUUUCUGAACUUACACUAGUGCCAGAUGGUUGGAUCCAGAGUACCAGUGCUGGGAAAAGUUAUGUGUAUUGGCCCAAAGGAGACAUAGCUAAGCUGAUCAAAGUUGAAACAAGUACUCCUUCAUCUGGAUGGACGAGACAAGCGUGUGUAAUUCAAAAAUCAAAUAUUUUAUCUUUACAACAAGGUAUAGCUAUACUUAGCGAUAUGUCAGGAGAAUCGAGUGAUGAUUCUUGUAUCAUACAAUCCGUAAAAACUAUGUAUAGGCAGCGAUUUGGCCAGAGAGCAUUAGAAAAUGCUAACAAAGUUAACGCCUUGUCUGAAAAUUGUAUACAGUUAGAAACAGGCACUUUAGCUACAGGUUGCUCACAAUUCAAGACAGACACUUUAGCUAAAGGUGGUUCACAGUUAGAGAGAGACAUUUUACCGUAUGGUUGUGCACAAUUAGAUACAAAUACUUCACCCAAAGGUUGUUCACAGUUAGAAACAGACACUACGAAUGAAUUCAUGGAAUCAGCACAGCCGAGUGUUGCACCAGAAACGACUAGAAAGGAUUUUCCUUCAGUUCCUUCUCAAUUAGAGCAAAAUAAUAGCUUUUCUCCUACAAAUCACAUGGAAAAUGCAAUCACAAGUUUGAUCGCUGUUGUAGGUGGUUUAAUUCAACAAAUCAGCGACAUAAAUUCCAACAAACUGAUAGGAUUAGAUAAAAUUGAUAAUUUAACAAAAGUACUAGAGCAGCAGAUCGUACCAACGUUAGGUGGUCUUGUAGAGGAAUUUAAAGAGUUAAAAAAAAAAGUUAAUUUAAAUACGGUACAAAUGGAUCUGUUCAUUAACAGUUUGGAGCAAGAAAACAGAAAAAGAAAAAAACCAUCAUUUUCAAUGGAUCCGAUCGAUAACCAUAAAGAUUUAAAGGAUUUUGACAAAAGUCUUGAGGAAAACGAUUUUAAAACAUCUGUUAUUGAUUGGCUUACCCAUAACAUAUGUGAAACAAACAGUAAUAAUAGAAUGUUAGAUGCUUUGGAUAUGUUACUGAAUCGUUCAUUUUGUACGCAAAUUAGUUGGUCAGGACAAGGCAAAGAAAACUCGAAAAUACCGAUAAAAAUGUUUCCUAAUUUCUUAGAAGUUUUUAGAGAGAUAGGUACAACCCAUUUGACUUUGGUAACAGAUCAAUGCUUGAAAGAUUUUUUCAUAAAAAAAUUAAAGCAUAGCCAGGAAAGAUGCAUGAUUCAAGGGUUACGAAAACCUACUUCUCACAACAAAAGAUGUUGAUGUUAAGAAGUUUUUGAAUACAUUUAUUAAUUAAUAAUAAAAAGAUUAAAAACUUG